AUAUCCGGUUCCUUCGGGCGCUCCGGGGGCUGACGGAGAGGGCCGCCGCCCAGCAGUAGACGCUGUCUCAGCCGGCCGAGCCGCAGUCUCCGCGGUGUGUUAAGUGAGCCUCGGCCCGGUCCCCACUCCCGCCGCCGCCAUGGGCUGCACGUUGAGCGCCGAAGACAAGGCGGCGGUGGAACGGAGCAAGAUGAUCGACCGCAACUUGCGGGAGGAUGGGGAGAAAGCGGCGAAAGAAGUGAAGCUGCUGCUACUUGGUGCUGGAGAAUCUGGUAAAAGCACCAUCGUGAAACAGAUGAAAAUCAUUCAUGAGGAUGGCUAUUCAGAGGAAGAAUGUAAACAAUAUAAAGUGGUUGUCUACAGCAAUACUAUACAGUCCAUCAUUGCAAUCAUUAGAGCCAUGGGACGGCUAAAGAUCGACUUUGGGGAAGCUGCCAGAGCAGACGAUGCUCGGCAGUUAUUUGUUUUGGCUGGCAGUGCUGAAGAAGGGGUUAUGACUCCGGAAUUAGCAGGAGUAAUUAAACGGUUAUGGCGAGAUGGUGGGGUGCAAGCUUGCUUCAGCAGAUCCAGGGAAUAUCAGCUCAAUGAUUCUGCUUCAUAUUACCUAAAUGAUUUGGAUAGAAUAUCCCAAACCAACUACAUUCCAACUCAGCAAGAUGUCCUGCGGACAAGAGUGAAGACCACAGGCAUUGUGGAGACACACUUCACUUUCAAAGACCUGUACUUCAAGAUGUUUGAUGUAGGUGGCCAAAGAUCAGAACGAAAGAAGUGGAUUCACUGUUUUGAAGGAGUUACAGCAAUUAUCUUCUGUGUGGCCCUCAGUGAUUAUGACCUUGUACUGGCUGAGGAUGAGGAGAUGAACCGAAUGCAUGAAAGCAUGAAACUGUUUGACAGCAUUUGUAACAAUAAAUGGUUUACAGACACUUCCAUCAUUCUGUUCCUCAACAAGAAAGAUCUUUUUGAGGAGAAAAUAAAGAGGAGUCCAUUAACUAUCUGUUAUCCAGAAUACACAGGUUCCAAUACAUAUGAAGAAGCAGCUGCUUACAUUCAGUGCCAGUUUGAAGAUCUGAACAGAAGAAAAGAUACCAAGGAGAUCUAUACCCACUUCACCUGUGCCACAGACACCAAGAACGUGCAGUUUGUUUUUGAUGCUGUUACAGAUGUCAUCAUUAAAAACAACUUAAAAGAAUGUGGACUCUAUUGAAGAGGGUGGAUGUUAAUAAAAGUUAUUACGGUGUGGAGUUUCGAGACCAGACUUCUUUUGCUGUCUCAUUGGGCAGUUGCAAGCAUGAACGGGACCAGGGAAUGGCAGCGGCAUGCAGAAUCUUAGCACUCUUUAGCACAAUCUUUUGUAUUAAGGAACUCUUAAUUGACACAGAUGCUAAAGUCAGAUAUUGGAAUCGAAAUAACUGUAAAGUAUGAUUUGAUCAUCAAGACAUCACUUGGAGUUCACAGUCUCAUGUUUAGGGCAGAUAUGAAGUUGAGGUGCUGCAUUCUAGAACUUCAAUAUGUAGCGUACUCUUUUUUCUUCUUGACAAACCAUCAGUAGUUCAGUGUUUUAGGUGUUUUUGUUUUGUUUUUGUUUUUCCAUCAAAGGAAGAAUAACUUCACUAAAUUUUAGUUCUUUGCAAAAGAAUCUUUAUUAAAACACAAACAAUCUUAACUAUGCACACGAUGUGACAAGAUCAUCUUGAAAAUACUCUUCUUAGUAGGAACUCUUUGUUUUUAACUCUCAGUAUGAUCAGAAUAUAAUAUUUGCAUAAUUCUUUAAUUCUUUGUAGUUAUUGGGACUGUAAUUAUAGCUUUUUGGAUGCAAUUAAUGUUACUGUCCUUUUCAGAGUACCAUUAUGGUUUCUAAAUGGUAAUUACAUUGAAAAGCUCUGUAAUAAGAUUCUAGCUCUCUCUUUUUUUUUAAGCUUAUGGUUGAAGGUUAACAUGGUUUAUGCUGAUUACCAAAUUACGAGAUAAAUGCUGAUAUAGUAUGAUAAAGUCAGCUUCUUGGAUACAGACAUACCAAGGGCAGCUGCCAAUUAGAAAUGCAAAUUGCUAAAUUCCAAACAGAACCAGUGACUUUGCUGCUACAUAUCUGCUAAAUUGGCCACUUUGAUUCUUGCUUGUUUGUCUCAGUCAUAGGGAGUUCUGUAAGAGAUGCCCCCUGUUUUCCAUCUACCAUGGCCUUUUUCUGUUGAGAAACAUCUAAAGUGUAUUAAUAGUGCAUGCUUUUACUUUGCAAAUGUGGUGCCAAAUCCCUGUUUGCCACUGUUUUUGUUGUAGCAAUGUUAAUUGUAGUAAUCCUUAGUCAGUACCUUCCUUUGCUGAAACCAUUGAUUUUAGGACUUUUCCCCAUUGUGUUGUGUGUACAGAUUUUAAUCUGUUAUAGUUGGCAGCAGUAUUAAAAUGGUGAGUAAAGAGUCCAGGUUUGUUCCUGUUUGUAACUAGUCCUUUUCGGAAAUAUCUUCUUCUGUUUUUUGCCCCGGCUGAGUGUGCUUUGGCUUUUGUCUGAGAAUGGGUUUAGGUAGGAGGGUUCCCUGAAGGUCCUAGUCUUUUGGUGUAAUAGUAUUGUUGAGUCUUGGCCUGACUGAGGGCCAUGUCAUAUCCAUGUAAGUGGUAUGCAGUCAAAACCCAUUUUCAAAGUUUACAUUUUGGUUGUGCGGAGAGCUCUGUUCACCUCAGCCUGCAGGCCGUUUGUGUACAAUGUACAGCAAAUGUCUUUAAGUGUUGAGUGGUCCACUGGGGGAAGGCAAAUGAAGAGAAUGCAUUUUGAGCAUUCCAAAUCAAUAGUUUGAGCAGUGCCUUUUGGGGUCCAGUCUUUUUGGAUUGGAUUCUAUUUCAUCUUUUGAUGUGACCUUUCACUCUUUUUUUUUUUAAGGUUGGUGGUCAUCAAAUCAGAAAGUUAGCCACAGCACUUCAGUGCCUUUAUUGGUAGUUUUCUUUUUUCUUUUCUUUUCUUUCUUUCUUUUUUGGGAAAAGUAUAACUCUGCAGAUGGUAUUGUCUAAAAAAAAAACUGAAAGAAGGAAAAUGAUCAGCUUCAUUCGGUAACUGACUUAUGUCCACAAUGUAAAUAGGGUUGAUACUUGUUCAUUUUGAAUAUGUUUUCCUUAGUAUAUUCUCUAAUACAGGAUCAUCUGGGAAAAUGAGAACUGCUGGAGUGUUGUUUUAACUGUAGUCUUUCUAUAGUCCAGGCUAAUGGGAUGGUACUGUUGAUAACCCAAAAUAAGAGAUAAUCCCGAAAUUUAAUUUUACUUUGAAAUGCAUUUUGCAUUUUAGUUUGGAUACGUCUGCCUGAUAUGUUAUUUUUUUAGCCCUUCUGUUAAUGAAAAAUAGUAGUUCUCCUCUACACCAUUUACAUUUGUCAUUAUGUUUAUGUGAAGAUCACCUCUUACCCCACCAUCCCAAAUAAUUUAUCUCAAUGCACAAUACUUGAGGACAUAGGGACACAGUUUCAGUCAGUGGUUUUCAAAUAUGCCUUAAGUCAAAAAUCACCUAGAUCUGUCUCAGAGAUAGACUCUUGGUUGGUGGGCUGGCAUUCUGUAAUUUUAGAACGGUGAUUUUGAUCCUCAGCCAUACAGAUCGCUAUUGUGUAUUGAAAUAAAAGAUCUUUUCUUAUCAGCAGGGCCAGAAUGUGGGGGUGAAACAUCAUAUCUACCAGCCUGGAGAAAAAGGAUUGAUAUUUGUAAUCAAAGAAAUGAAAAGUUGCCUUGUGUCUUUUUGGUGGAAAAUACUGGAGAUUGUGAUGGAUCAUGUUUCAAAAUUCAGGCGGCCAGGCUUUGGACCAUCUGAGAAAUCAACACAUCUAAAAAAAUUUAACAAAUAAAGAACGGUUAAUAGAUCCUAGCAGGAAGGACUAUAACAAUAGCUUUAUUUUUUUGACAGUCACAUCUUCUCUACCUGUUUAAAUCCUGGGCUGUAGAAUUGCCAUCCAUUACGCUCUCUGUAAAGAGGAGAUAUUCUGCUCCUUCAUGGCCAGUCUUCCCUAACCUUAUAAUUUCAGCCUUGCAACAGAUUUCACCUCUUGGCAUGAGGAUUCCAAGAACUUUUACAGUUAAUUCAUGAGUGGAUCUUGAUAUGUCAUUUUCAUCUUGGAUAGUUUGACUUCUAUACCUCUAGUUCAGUGUAUCAUACUGAUGGAUUGUUAUUUUUCACAAGGUGCUGCAUUCUAAGAAUAGAUGGACCAAAUUUUCAGAAACUGUUUUCUUGCCUUGUAUAUCUUUUUAUUCUCUUACGUAUUCUAUUUGUGUUUUAUUAUAUGCACAUUUUGGAGUAUUUAAAAAUAACUGCUGGUUCUUCUAAUGUAUUUGUCCACCUUAUAUUCUUAUAUCCUGGCCAGUAUUCUCUGAUUUGUAGCUAUGACUUUCUUGAGACAUUGCUUACCUGAUGUGACAUAUAUUUAUCCAUUUGCGUAGCAUAGUUCUGGAGUUUCCUGUUUGCAGAGCUCCUUGCUGCAUUGGCAGUUACAUAUAAGGUAAAGUUAGUCUCUCAUCCAAUUAAAUACCUGCCUCUGAUUGAUUUUUUUUUCCCCCUUCCAGAUAUUCAAAAAACAACAGUCCUCUACUCAUUUAUAUAAACCUAAAAUAGUAUUAAUUCCUUUCACUGUAUUCCUGGGAAAAUCUUUAAGAACAAUCUCAGAAACACUGGUGGCUCAGUAGGUUAAAGAUCUAGUGUUGUCACUGCUGUGUUAGGUCACUCCUUUGGCUUGGGUUUGAUCCCUGGCCCGGGAACUUCCACAUCCCUUGGGCUUGGUCAAAAAUAGCAAGCAAACAACAAAAGAACAAAAUUUCUGUUUCAUAGUACAAAUCAGAUACCUGACCUGGACCAGCCACAGAUCUCUAUAUAACUUUAUGGCCAUCCAAGCACAAGAAAAAAACGGGGUGCUUAGAUGCUUGAAAUUGAAAGUUGCUCUUGCUGUCAACUAACACGAAGUAAAAGAUAUAGGUGAGGCCUACUGGAGAACUGACUUCCAGGAUGGUCAGUAUCGUUUCUUUACCUUUGUUUAGGUUUUAAACCUCCACUCCCACCCCCCAAUUUUCUCAUAACCUUUUAUGAGUUAUGAAAUAUGAGAACAUAUUUCAGAACAAAUCAGGGCAGGACAGUUUUUUUCUGAUACCAUGUCAGGCUUACACCUGGCUUUACCCAGGUCUUCUCAGGAAUAAGAGAUAAUGUGGAAUAUUAUGCAGCAAUAGCUACCCAAGGUACAAGAUUAACAUAUGCAAAUUCUCUGGCAAAACUCCACUCAAUAAAGUGUCUGAGCCACUUCCUGGAAA